UUGGUGGUAAAUAUUUCUUUUUGUUUGUCAAACUGCAUUCCUCUGGCUGCAACUAAAACCAAUGUUCCAUAGAUGACGUGAUGGCUUCUGUCAAGUGGCAAAUCGGGAUUACCUUAGUCACUCAGCUGGGAGUGGGAAUCCUUGGAAACUUCUCCCUUCUUUGUCUUUAUAACUUCACUCUGCUCACUGGACACAAGGUGAGACCCACAGACGUGAUUCUCAAUCAACUGGUCUUAGCCAACUCCUUGGUGCUUUCCUCCAGAGGGAUCCCUCAUAUAACAGCAGCUUUUGGAGCAACAUAUUUCCUGAAUGAGGCUGGAUGUAAGUUUUUCUUCUACUUCCACAGAGUAGCCAGGGGGGUCUGCCUCACUACCACCUCCCUCCUCAGUGUCUUCCAAGCCGUUAGGCUUCGCCUCAAUGUCUCUAGUUCGAUGGAACUCAGAAGGAGAUCCUCAAAGUGCAUUUACUUGUGCUGUUGCCUUUGCUGGAUCCUGCAUCUCUUGGUAAGCAUCUUUGUUCCUAUUAAAAUGGCUGGUCCAACGCACAGUAAAAACCUUAGUGUGAAGAUAAAUUAUGGAUACUGCUACCCAUUAAAUCCGGACCGAUUUUUAAAGUUUAUAGUGACAGCCCUAUUUUCUACAAUUGACCUCGCAUGUUUGGCCUUCAUGGUCUGGGCUAGUGGCUCCAUGGUUAUUUUCCUACACAGGCACAGGCAACAGGUCCAAUAUAUUCACAGCAACAGCCAUUCUCCUAGACCUUCUCCCGAGGCCAGAGCUACGUACACCAUUUUGAUCCUUGUGAGCUGCUUUCUCUCUUUUUACUCACUGUCUUCUCUUUUGUCUGUUUGGAUGAUUCUAUUUGUUAUUCCAGAACAGUGGCUGGUGGAUGCCUCUAUAUUUUUGUCUUUAUGUUUCUCAACAUUCAGUCCCUUUGUGCUCAUUUUCAGUGAUACUCGUGUCACUGGUAAACUGCAAAACCGGUUUUGUUUUACUGGCUAGGCGAGGUAAACAGCUUUUGCUAAUUUGGCUGAGACCAUAAGACUCUGUUCUCUACGGGAAAUUCAAUCAUUCUUUCCAUCAUCUGCUAAUACUUAGGGAUCAAUAAUUU